UUGACUGGUGCCAGGGCCGGAGUGGGACACAUUUUCAGCCCUGGAGUUUCAUGCCUUAGACCGCAGGAAGACCCGAUGACGGCAGUGGACCUUUUCAACACUCUGGAGGAUUUAAGAGAAGAUGAAUUUAAGAAAUUCAAAUGGUAUCUGCAGCAGCAAGACAUCCUGGAAUGCUUCCAAAGCAUCAAAGUGUCCAAGCUGGAGAACGCAGAAAGGCAGGACACAGUGGAUGUGAUGGUUAAAACCUUUCAUCUUCAUGGAGCUCUGAAGGUGACCAAGAAGGUUUUAGAGGAGAUCAACAGGAAUGAUCUGGUGCAGAGUCUGCCAGACACCAGCUCAGGACCAGAAGUUUCAUUGGACGUAAAUGAUAUUGGAGAGACUUCAGAAAACAGAACGACUUCCUCUCAGAGCGAAUGUAAAGCUGCUGUAUUCUCUGAUGAGAUUGUUCCAGUACCAGAGCCACAAUACAUUUCAUAUUACAAAGACUUGCUUCAAUCACACAAUCAGGAUAGGUUCAUGUGUGCACAAGAGGGGUGGGCACAGAAGAAGGAUGAGCAACGUCUAGAUGAUAUCUUCACAGAUGUAUACAUCACUGCUGGGGGUGACGUACACAUUAAUACACAGCAUGAGGUCUGGCAGAUUAAGGCGGUGAAGCCAGCAGGAACAGAGAAACCAAUUAAAGCUUGUGACAUGUUCAAACCCCCCUCUGGAAGAUAUAAACCCAUAAGAACAGUGCUGACCAAUGGAAUCGCAGGAAUUGGCAAAACAUUUCUUGUGCGCAAGUUUGUGUUAGACUGGGCUGAACAAAAAGCUAAUCAAGAUGUGCAUCUCAUUUUCCCGUUCACCUUCCGCCAGCUGAAUUUAAAGAAGGGGGAAAAGUUGUGUUUAACAGAGCUUAUUCAUGAAUGUAUCACAGAGACCAGAGACAUCAAGGAAGAAGCUCUCAAUCACAUCUUUACAGCUUUGCAGUCAUCAGGAAACACCAACUAUGACAAGAGCAAAUUCAAAAUUCUGUUUGUUUUGGAUGGACUGGAUGAGAGCCGCCUUGAUCUGGACUGCUCCACCAAAAACCAAGCAAGUAAAUUCGAUGUGACAACGCCAACCUCAGUGGAUGUGCUGCUGACGAACCUCAUCAAGAAGAAACUGCUGCCCUCUGCUCGCCUCUGGAUAACCACACGACCAGCAGCAGCCAAUCAGAUCCAUUCUGAUUUUGUUGACAUCAUGACAGAGGUAAGAGGGUUCACUGACCCACAGAAGGAGGAAUACUUUAAGAAGAGGUUCAGAAAUGAGGAGCAGGCCAGCAGAAUCAUCUCCCACAUCAAGACAUCACGAAGCCUCCACAUAAUGUGUCACAUCCCAGUCUUCUGCUGGAUCACUGCUACAGUUCUGGAGGAAGUGACGAAGACCAGAGAGGGAGGAGAGCUGCCCAAGACCCUGACCGAGAUGUAUGCAGAAUUCCUGGUGUUUCAGAUUCAUCAGACAAAAAAGAAGUAUGACCAAAAAAAGUGCAUUGAGUACAUUAAGUCAUUAGCAAAACUGGCUUACCAUCAAUUGGAAAAGGGAAACCUGAUCUUCUACGAGAAAGAUCUCAAAGAGAGUGGCAUUGACAUCAGUGGAGCGUCUGUGUACUCAGGAGUGUUCACAGAGAUCUUUAAAGAGGAGCGUGGGAGGAAGAAUGAGGAAGACAAGAUGUUUUGCUUUGUCCAUCUGAGUGUCCAGGAGUUUCUGGCUGCUCUUCAUGUAGAGAGGGCAGUCAUUAAUAGAAACAAGAAUGUGAUGUCUGAGCCAGGGCAAACAACUGUCGACCAUAUGCGAAUGGUUUUCUGCAGAACAUCUAUGACCGAUGUCCACAGGUUUGCUAUUGACAAGGCCUUGCAGAGCCUAAAUGGACACCUGGACCUAUUCCUCCGCUUCCUCCUGGGUCUUUCCCUGGAAACCAAUCAGAAAUACCUACGAGACCUACUGAAAAAGAAAAGAAGCUCAGAGACCAAUCAGGAUACAGUUGAGUACAUCAAGAUGAAGAUCAGUGAGAAUCUGUCUCCAGAGAAAAGCAUCAAUCUGUUCCACUGUCUGAAUGAACUGAAUGAUCAUUCUCUAGUGGAGGAAAUCCAACAGUACAUAAGUUCAGGAAGUCUCUCCACAGAGCUGGACCUGAGUAACAACAACCUGAAGGAUUCAGGAGUGAAGCAGCUAUCGACUGGACUGCAGACUCCACACUGUACACUGGAAACUCUCAGGUUGAGUCAAACCAGGCUCACAAAGAAAUGCUGUCAGGAUCUCUCAUCAGUUCUCAGCUCCCAGUCAUCUUGUCUGAAAGAGCUGGACCUGAGUAACAAUGACCUGCAGGACUCAGGAGUGGAAUUGAUCUUUGCUGGACUGGAGAGACCACACUGUACACUGGAGACUCUCAGGCUGAGUGGCUGUAAUCUGUCAGAUAGAAGCUGUGAACAUCUGUCAUCAGUUCUCAGCUUUGAGUCCUCUAGUCUGAGAGAGCUGGACCUGAGUAACAACGAUCUGCAUGACUCCGGAGUAAAGCUGCUUUCUGCUGGACUGGAGAGUCAACAAUGCACGCUGGAGACUCUGAGGUUGAGUCAAACCAGGCUCACAAAGAAAUGCUGUCAGGAUCUGUCAUCAGUUCUCAGCUCUGAGUCCUCUAGUCUGAGAGAGCUGGACCUGAGUAACAACGACCUGCAGGACUCGGGAUUAACGCUGCUCUCUGCAGGACUGGAGAGUCAACAAUGUACACUGGAGACUCUCAGACUGUCUGGCUGUCUGAUCACAGAGGAAGGCUGUACUGCUCUGGCCUCAGCUCUGAGCUCCAACCCCUCCCAUCUGAGGGAGCUGGACUUGAGCUACAAUCAUCCAGGAAACUCAGGAGUGAAGCUGCUGUCAGCUGGACUGGAGGAUCCACACUGGAGACUGGACACUCUCAGGCUGGAACAUGGUGGAGAGCAGAGGCUGAAACCUGGUCUGAGGAAGUAUGCCUGUGAACUCACACUGGACAUUAACACUGUAAACCCACACCUCCAACUCUCUGACAACAACAGGAAGGUGACAGCAGUGAGAGAGAGGCAGCCAUAUUCUGAUCAUCCACAGCGGUUUGACUACUGGCCUCAGCUGCUGUGUAGAGACGGUCUGAGUGGCCGCUGUUACUGGGAGGUCGAGUGGAGAGGAAGAGUUUUUCUAUCAGUGAGUUUCAGAGGAAUCAAAAGGAAAGGAAACAGAGCUCACUGCAGGUUUGGAGGCAAUGAUCAGUCCUGGAGUCUGUUGUGCUCUGAUGUCGAAGGUUACUCUGUCAGUCACAACAGGAGAAGCACUCCCAUCACCUCGUCCUCCACUGUCUCUAACAGAGUAGCAGUGUAUGUGGACUGUCCUGCUGGCACGCUGUCCUUCUACAGAGUAUCCGCUGACACACUGAUCCACCUCUACACCUUCAACACCACAUUCACUGAACCCUAUCCUGGUUUUGGCUUUGGGCUUGGGUUAUUGUCAUACAGUCCCUCAGUGUCUCUGUGUUCACUGUAAGAGUGAGAGUCUACUCCUGUGUUAGUCUACUGUAUAUCCUUGACGUUCUGGUGCCGCAGGAUGCAUGUCUUGGAACCCUAAUAAACAAUGUUAUCUUACAGUCUCAUGUAGGGCUGGGUACUAAACUUUUGAUACUUUCUAGGCACCGGCCGAUUUCCCUCCUUAGUAUAGAUAAAUGCCUCAUCAUUCAAAACCUAAUUUCAAAACCUAAAGGAGUAAAUCUCAUCAACAUCAGUGAGCCAAUAAGCACACAG